CAGGGGCGUUCCGACGAGAAAAGAAAAAUAAAGCACAGAGAAGCCUACAAGCAUUGGCGGCUUAACCCCCCCCAGAGAGAGAGAGAGGGAGAGAGAUGGAUUCGGUUGCAGAGAGUGAAAGUCCAUCGACGAGCAUAUUCAUACCGGAGGAGUGGUCGGAAGCGGCGGACUCCAUAGCCCACGGCUCAGACACUUCGUCCCCGCUUAUUGCCUUCAUCUGCGGCGCCAAAAACAGCGGCAAGACCACCUUCUCUCGCCACCUCCUCAACGUUCUCCUUCAUAGAUACAGAAAUGUUGCUUACUUGGAUACAGAUGUGGGGCAGACAGAGUUCACUCCUCCUGGAUGCCUAUCACUGACUGUAAUUGACAAGAUGACUCCAGAUUUGACAAUUCCAUGCCUGAAAACACCUGAGAGGUGUUUUUUCUAUGGUGAUAUUUCCUCAAAGAGGGAUCCAACAGCUUACUUGACAUAUAUUUUUGCCUUAUAUGACUACUAUCAGAAAGUAUAUUACACAUCUAAGAACAAUGAAUGCCAUGCUAACACUGGGUUGCCGCUUCUUGUUAAUACACCUGGCUGGGUUAAAGGUAUUGGUUAUGAUUUACUGGUGGAUAUGCUGAAAUAUAUAUCUCCUACUCAUGUAGUUAAGAUCUGCAUCUCCGCUGAGAGUAAGAACUUGCCACCUGGAGCAUUCUGGUCCGAUGAGGGACACGAUGCAACAGUGACCCUAAUUGAGGUCAAAUCAGCUCGACAAGAUUCUUUAAAUAGAUCGAUUCUAGUACACAAAGAUGCACACCUGUUACGGGAUUUACGUAUAAUGGCUUAUUUCAGACAGUGUUUUCCAAGUGACUUGAAUAUAACUACAACCAAGGAACUUGCUCAUGCAUUAGCUGCACACCCUCCUUAUGAAAUUCCCAUGUCAAGUAUCAAGGUUAAACAUCUCCAUUGCCAGGUACCAAGUGCUGAAAUUUUCUACAGCUUGAAUGCUACUAUUGUUGGCUUGGCAGUUAGUUCUCAAGAUUCUGAUCAUUUGCCUCACUGUGUUGGUCUGGGAAUGGUGAGGAGCAUCAACACUUUUCAACGGUUACUCUAUGUAAUUACACCUGUUCCUCAGAACAUUCUCGAGAAGGUUGAUCUUUUAUUGCAGGGAUUCAUCCAAAUUCCUACUUCUUUGUUGCAGGUAAAUGGAUGCAUGUCGCCAUACGUGUCUAAAAAUGUUGUGCCUACGAACUAGAGCUUCCGGGUGUUUUGAGAAGAUUCUCUUGCUAUGUCCACCUACUAUUGGUGAAAGUUUUCUCCGAGCUUGCAUUGGAUGGAUAUCGUUUGCCUAGCCAUUUAUUUUUCUUCUCUGAAAGUUUACUAAGCAAAAGACAUGUAAUAUAAAAUAUACUUGCAGAAGGCAGAAUCACAACCAUAUUGUAGGGAUUGCACUCUGUUUCGGUGAUACUGUGAAUCAAAACAAGCGUACUUCAUCAUUGAUAA